GCUAUAACCUUAGAAUGAUACAUUGUACGUACACUGUUUGAUGAGUCUAUGUGUGUGGGCGGAGAAAGAGAGGUAGCACUUGUUGAAUGAGGAGAUUAGCUAUGGUCAACGUUCACAGAAAACUCACUAAUGUCCCAGUUAGAAAGAAGGUCAAUGUAGCCUUGCUUGUUUCUUAUGAUUAGAUGUGGGAGAGAUAUUUUAUUUAUUUGUUCAGUAGCAACUAAAUGUUAUAUAUUUUAUAUAUAUUUUAACCAAACAUAAUUCACUUUAUCGACAAUAAGAGAAAGCUACAGAUCACUAACGAUUCUAAAUUUAAAUUCAUAUCCAAGGACCUUUAGAACAAGUUAAGUGAUUGAGCUGUGGAGAUGGAUGCAGCAGAGUUUCGGAGGCGUGGGAGAGAGAUGGUGGACUACAUUGCUGACUAUAUUGAAAACAUUGAGAAGAGGCAGGUCUACCCAGAUGUGGAGCCCGGCUACCUGAGGGGUCUGAUUCCACAAGAGGCUCCUGAGGACCCAGACACCUAUGAGGAUGUGGUCAAGGACAUCGAGAGAGUCAUCAUGCCAGGGGUAACCCAUUGGCACAGUCCAUACUUCUAUGCUUACUUCCCCACAGCCAGCUCAUUUCCGGCGAUGCUGGCUGACAUGCUGUCUGGGGCGAUUGGCUGCAUCGGCUUUUCCUGGGCUGCCAGUCCAGCCUGUACUGAACUGGAGACAGUGAUGUUGGAUUGGCUAGGGAAGAUGCUGAACCUCCCGGAGGACUUCAUAGCCGGCACCUCUGGAAAGGGGGGUGGAGUCAUACAGGGCAGUGCCAGUGAAGCCACGCUGGUGGCUCUCCUUGCUGCUCGACGCAGGAAGGUCCAACAGAUGCUAGCUGAACAGCCUGGGCGCUCUGAGGCUGACAUUAUUUCCAAACUGGUGGCCUACACCUCAGAUCAGGCACACUCCUCUGUGGAACGAGCUGGAUUGAUCGGUGGCAUGAGGAUGCAUAAGGUUCCUACUGAUGAAAAAUUUGCUGUUCGGGGAGAAGCUUUGAGAAGGAUCAUCGAGGAGGACAAGAAUGCUGGCCUUAUACCAACCUAUUUCUGUGCCACACUGGGGACAACUCCAUCAUGUGCUUUUGAUCACAUCACAGAGCUGGGACCUAUUUGUAAUGCAGAGAACAUGUGGAUGCAUAUUGAUGCAGCAUACGCAGGGAGCUCCUUCAUUUGUCCUGAGUUCAGGCCUCUCCUGAAUGGUAUCGAGUUUGCGGACUCAUUCAAUUUCAACCCACACAAAUGGCUUUUGGUCAACUUUGACUGCUCCACAAUGUGGGUGAAGAAGAGAUCAGACCUUAUCGGGGCCUUCAAAAUGGAUCCUCUCUACCUUAAACAUGACCACGAAGAAUCAGGACUGGUCACAGAUUACAGACACUGGCAGAUUCCACUGGGCCGACGCUUCCGCUCUCUGAAGAUGUGGUUUGUCUUCCGCAUGUAUGGAGUCAAAGGCCUGCAGGACUACAUACGUCAGCAUGUGCGUUUGGCUAAAGAAUUUGAAAGCAUGGUGCGGAAUGAUCCCCGAUUUGAGAUCAGUGCAGAUGUCAUAUUGGGCCUUGUCUGCUUUAAACUUAAGGGAUCAAACGAAUUGAAUGAAGCUCUGCUGAAGCAGAUCAACAGUGCCCGGAAGAUCCACCUAGUCCCCUGCCAACUGGCCGGCACCUUCGUGCUCCGUUUUGCUAUCUGUGCCCGCACCACAGAAUUGCGACACGUGCAGGAGGCAUGGCACCACAUUAGCGAGCUGGCAUCAGAGCUGCUGCUAAAGCAGCGACACUGAUUGCCAAUAGGCACCCCCUAACUAACCACAUACUGUCUUACUAUGCUUCCUGCCACUCUGCUAACUGUUGGUGUGUGUGUGUGUGUGUGUGUGUGUGUGUGUGUGUGUGUGUGUGUGUGUGUGUGUGUGUGUGUGUGUGCGUGAGGGAGAGAAUGUGUCUGUCUGUGUGCAUAUGUGCAUAUAUGUGAGCCUAUCCUUAACAUAAAUGAUUUCUAUUUAUAUUAGUAAGUAAUGAGAAGGAGUCAUACAAAUGGCUACAGUUUGGUGGAAUGAAAAGGUUACACCUUUAAGCCUUUAGGCUUCUUGCUCGUACUCAAAUGUGAUUCAGUGUGACUCAAAAAAAUUAAACCUCUAGCGGAAUGGUCAUGGCAUUGUGCCAUUGUGGCAUUUUACUCCAUAUCUCAAUGCCAAUCUGGUCUUUUAGCGGACACCCUACAUACACAGCUGUACACACACACACACACACACACACACACACACACACACACACACACACACACACACACACACACACACACACACACACACACACACACACACACACACACACAAACACACACACACACACACACACACACACACACACACACACACACACACACACACACACACACACACACAUAUAUACUGCUCUGGAAAAAAUCAAGAAACAUUUUUCUGAUGUCAUCCUACAGUUACUGAUUUUGACAUUUGAAUGAGAUAUGCCAUAUGUCCAUAUGAACUCAUUUGAAUGUCACUCAACCUUAGGAUGACACCAGAAAAAUUUGCAGUGGUCUCUUCAUUUUUUUUCCAGAGCUGUAUAUGCUUUACAGUUAGGUUUGUUGAUAGCUGAUCAUUUUAAAUUGAGCAAAACUAAAGGUAGUGAAUAUGCCCAAAAAUGAAUACCCUAUCAUAUACAGACACAUGAUGUGCAAUGAUUGAAGGUUUAAACUGGUAUAUUAGAAGACUGAAUUAGAAUUCAAGUCAUUUUAACGCUCUAUUGUCUCACCAUUUUAGGUGUCAAUGGGCACUGGAGAAAAACGUUGUUGAAACAACCUCAUAAAAAAGUUUUACUUUUCAGAAAAGAGUUACUACACAGCUAAUUCACAAUAUACCAAAGAAAAAAUAGAACGGCUGUUCGACACUGAUGCAUGCACACAUGUGGACAAUAUUGUCAAUUCUUCAUUUUUUAAAGAGGGGCACAAAUGCGACACAGUUGUCUUGUGCACCUGGCAAUGAUGUAGCCAAAUGUUAUCAAAACCAACAUAUAAAGAAAAUAUGAAGACACAUUUGUCAGUUGCAAUGUAUGCUGUGUUAAAACAAACCUACAUGUAAAGCCAUGAAUGUUGGUCUACGGUUAUGAUUACAGAGUACAAAUAUUUAUUUUUUAACAUUCACUGGCCUGCAUGUUGGUGAUGUAUUGCACACUGAAUGUCAUUUACUGUCUGCAUUAAUGUGUCUAAAUGUGUGUUUGGUGAGUAAGAAAACUUGUGUAGGUGCUUGUAUGUAUUUUUGCAAAGGAUGGAAAAGGUUAUUUGUGUAUGUAUGUUUGUAACAUUUGUUUUGAUAGUACCAGAUGUUCAAAGUGAAGAUAAACUAAAAAUAUACCUAUCCAAAUGCUAUAAAUCACACUGCAUCUGCCAGUGUUUAAAUACAUGUUUAUACAAUAAACGUAUGAUGUAAAAUAACA